CACUCACCAGCGCCAUUUACAAACGAAUUCUCUUCACACACCAAAUCGUCGGUCAUGUCUGAUAGGAAGGCUGAAUUAGAGAGGAAAAAAGCUAAACUUUUAGCUUUGCGCGAGGAAAAAAAGAAAAGGGAGGAGGGCAAAAAACCUGAUACAGAUGCUAUCGAUAAACAUCAAACAGCAGAUGAUUUGUUGAAAGGUCUGGGUUUACCUGCUGUGUCAUCUACAUCAAGCUUGAAUUUACGCGAAUUGGAGUCACCGUCUAGUACCAUAAGUGAUGGCCUUCCUAGUCGUGUUCCAAAAAAGCGAAAGAAUCUACAAACUUCUGAAAUUUUUGAAGUUGUAAUAACAUCGGAAGUAAUAGCUUACGACAAGGAAACACAAACAGUGGAAGAACCUGAGGAACGAGAAACAGAUCGUUCAACUGACUAUUAUGUUUUGACAUACGAUGAAAGUAGCCGUGAUGACGUCGAUGCAAAGGCAGCAUUGGCUGAACUUGAAAAAAUGCCACAUAUUGGUGUCUCAAAAGUUGGACAAACUGGUGUUGGUGCUGGUGGCAUAUUAGACAAAGUCGAUGGAAUCCGUACAGUCGGUGAAUUAGGCGAUGAAGCUGCAUUGAAUGAUUCUCAACACACUGAAGUGAAUACAUUAACAGAAGAGGAGAAAUCUCGGAUUAUGUCAUCUGAGUCGUUCUUACGCUUCUUCCAGCGUUCUUCACGUAUUGUCGAACGAGUGUUAUCGCGUAAUGAAGAUCUUUUUGAAGAGUAUACCGGUGAAGAUCACGAGGCGAAAGAAUCUGAUGAAUUGAUCACUGUGUCACUAGAGUUUUUCGAUGACCGAUGGUCUAAAAAUCGUAAAGUCACCGAUUUGGAUUGGUCGACCAUAUUCCCCGAGCUAUGUCUUGCAGCGUAUAAUUCCAAUGAACAAAAUGCUCAUGAACCAGAAGGUGUAUGUCUCGUGUGGAAUAUCAAGUAUCCAAAGCUAAAGACUCCAGAGCAUAUAUUCCAUUGUCAAUCAGCUGUCACUUCAGCUAGUUUAUCACGGUUUCAUCCAAAUAUUGUUGUGGCUGGAACGUAUUCUGGACAGAUUGUCUUAUGGGAUAGUCGGGUUAUGAAACGUACGCCAGUUCAACGCAGUCCACUAACAUCAUGGGCGCAUACACACCCGGUUUUCGCAAUCACCUUAGUCGGUACACAAAAUGCGCAUAAUAUCAUAAGCCUUGGAACAGAUGGAUCAUUAUGUGCAUGGAGUUUAGAAAUGUUAUCACAACCGAGAGAGAAAACUAAAGUAUGCGAAAUGUCUUCCGGGGGAUUAUUCGAUGUUUAUCCCACGUGUAUGUCUUUCUUUGCUAACGAUGUGAACAAUUAUGCCGUUGGUGCUGAAAAUGGUAAUGCUUAUUGUGGACAACGGCAUAGUAGUCGAACUGGAGCUGCUGAUGAAUCUUCACGUCAUGUAACCUAUAAAGGUCAUAAGGCACCACUGACAGCCAUAUCUACUCAUCCUAGUCCAGGGGCUUUUAGUUUCUCCUCCUUUUUCCUUACCGCAUCGUUUGAUUGGACUGUACGCUUAUGGUCUACUCGGGAAAAUAAGCCGAUCUACACAUUUGACGACUAUUCCGAUUAUGUUUACGAUGUGUCUUGGAGUCCUGUACAUCCAGCCGUGUUUGCUACUGGAGAUGGUACUGGAUAUAUAAGUGUGUGGAAUGUGAAUCAAGAGCCUGAAGUCCCUGUUGCUCGUCGUAUGCUAAUGUCAUCGAGCAAUAUAGGUGUUCCGCCAACAUCGCUAACCUCCUCCUCAUCAUCAAUAUCAGCCUCUGAUGUAGUCGCAAUAAAUAAAUGUCGUUGGCACACGUCUGGUUCGUAUUUAGCUGCUGGCGACGAUAUUGGUCGUGUAAGUAUAUGCAAUGUUCACGAGAGUCUUUCACAACCGACUACUGAUGAUUGGCCGACAUUUGCGCAUGUUUUAGCCGAUUUUAAACAUUAUGAAAUGGAACUGGAUAUCGACUCAGAAACACAACAACCGCAACAACCACAACAUUUCUAAAUAAAUAAAUAAAACACAAAAAUCUCUCUCCCUUAUCUCUCAUUCAUUCACAGUUGACUUCUCCUCUCAGAUAAACUGUUAUUAUUAUUAUUUUAAUUUUUUCUCUGCGGAAAACACAAUGUCUCUGAUAUAUAUUUUAAUUUCUAUGGUUAUUGUAAUUUAAUAAAUGGGGCUGCGUUUUUUUAUAUUAUUAUCAUUAUUAUACUGGUACAGGUAUUGUUACAAAAAUGCAUCCUACUACUACUACUACUUCAACUGUGCUGUUUAUUUUAUUUUUAUUUUGACUUUUUUUUAUUUCACUUUGAAGGGGUCUUUUUUUUUUUAAACAAUGUGUGUUAUACUACUUCACUACUUUAUUUCGCAUGGAGACCACCGACAGAGACACGGAGAGUGACGGGUGAUAUUUCUUUAAUAUAUUUUCAUUUCUUUGUUGCACACUUUUUCUAGAUAUCAGUUUUAUAUAAAUAAAUUUUAAAAAACAACUUUGAUUGGGAAUACUUAUAAUAAUAAUAAUAGUUUAUGAUUUUGAUGACAAGGGCUGGACAACAGAUCGUUUAUCUUAAGGAAAUCAACACAUGUUAUUUAUCGAUUUUCAUGGACAUUAUUUAUUGAUUAUUGUUAGCAGACAAACACAGUCUUCUGAUUGGUUGUUUCUCUUUGUGACUGUUUCUUGAAGGUCAGAUCAUCUGCUAUCUGCAAAUUGUAUCCGCCUACGCAAACAAAGUGUGCUGUGAUUGGUUGUUGGUUGAGUCAGUCAGUCUUUGUUCUUGUUUUCUCAUUACCAAUAUUGCGGACGUAAACAUUGAUGUAAGUUACUGUCUACCAAUUUACGGCUAGCGGAGACAGCUCUCACCACACUACUACUUACACGAAGAGAAAAAAUACGUCGACUGUCGAUAUUGGUCUAUGGAAGAUAUUAAUUUAUCCAGUGUAAAAAUGUUAAAAAAGCCCAAUAAAUUUGGUCCCAUUUUCGCUGAUUUCUUUCUAAUUCUCAUUUUAUUGCCGGUAUACAUGGAUGACACCUUCAUUCCUUGUCAUAAUGAUUCGGAUAGCAGAGUACAAUGAAGUACAUUCGGCUAUGAAAUUCACAUGCAAAGAGGAAUCCCAAAACAGAAUGGAUUGUCUUCCACGAUGUCCUCCUUUCACAAGAAAACUAGAUGGUAACAUAAAAAGAAAUUUGCACAGACAAAAGUACAUGGACAGCAGGAUAAUAUACACACAUUUUCACAGCUUCGUUCCUCUCAAGUACAAAAGAAAUUUAGUGAAGACCCUCAAUCGGCCACAGAGUUAGUUAGAGCUAUAUGCUCAGAA